GGUAGAGUAAGACUCGCGACUGUUUAUUGCAAGCCGAUAGGGAACAGUGGUUGUAUUCGUGUCGCCGCUCACGCUAAAUAAAAAUGGCGGUGUUUCCUUAAGGGGAAUUGCUUCGGGGACAACACUUACUUCCAUUCCUACCCCUUAUAGUCUAGAAAACCAGUCACAAUCAUUCAAUGAUCAAUUGUUGAAUCAUUCAUCCAAAAAACCGUGAACGAAGUGAACUCAAGUGAUAAAUAUUGCUAUUGUGAUUGAUAGGCGGGAGUUCUGGCGUGAAUUUGUGUUUUUUGUUGGGGGGCGCCGAGGAGUGUUGGUCAAACCGACUCCUUUGGGCUGUUUUGUGUAUUGUACUGGGUGAGAAGCUCUCGGGGUUCUAUACACUUCUAUUCUGUGUUGUAUAUGUGGUUUUUCUACUUAUGAGCUUUGAGAGGUUAAGAACCUACGUAGAGACCUGUGGGGCUUUCCAGAUUCCUCAAUUGUUUGUUACUGUAUGUAUAAUAAUCCGAGUAAUCGGCGGAUAAUACAGGGUUCGGAGAAGGUCGUGUAACCAUGGACAGUCCUCACUAGUUCAACGUGACUAAAAAAAUACAAUGGAGUGUGAUACAGUGAAGUGUUAAAUCUUCAUACCACUGCUACGGAGUGGCGAAGUUUUUCUCAGCUACUAGAGUUUGCACAUUUGAUGCACGCGUUACAACCGCCUUCAAUCGCUUGUUCCAUUCAUUAAUCACAUGCAACAUUGGAACAACAUUGGGAUACAAAGAAUAAUUGAAAGAGCACGACAUAAAAAUUGAGAGAGAGGAGGGAGAUACUAAAAGAGUGACAGAACUGAGGGAGAAAGAGUGUGUGUGUGAGAGAGUAAGUGUGUGCGUUUGUGUGUGUGUGAGAGAGAGAGAGUAACAGCUAUAAAAGUGUUUUGUGCGAGGGGCUGGUGAAGGUGGUGGGGGAUACAUCCCAUGCCGAUGCCGGCGGAAUACCACGAGAGCCACGGGAACCACGAAAGUACAAAUUUCGGGCUCGCGGCCACUGCUGCUGCACAGGACGCCAGCAACAUGACGGCCAACAUGUACCGAGUGGGAGAUUAUGUGUACUUCGAGACGUCGUCCACUUCUCCGUACCAAAUUCGGAGGAUAGAAGAAUUAAAUAAAACGGCGAGUGGUAAUGUUGAGGCAAAAGUCAUGUGUUUCUUCAGACGAAGGGAUUUACCGCAGACCUUGAUCAUGCUAGCUGACAAACACCAGUUUUUGAUCUUCAUCACUAAAAUUUUUUUUCAAACGACGGUGAUAACUUAA